AUGAAGCUUAAUUACUCAAUCAAUAGCAACAGAAAAUAGCUAGUAAUAUAUUAGAAGAGCAUAGCACACUAGACAACUUCAAUUUAAUGGCUAAUUCAGUAACUAUGCACAAACUAAUCUCAAUUAUUUUCAUCUUAAUCACUCUUUUCACAUCAAAAGCACUAGCUGAUUGUGAAAGUGAAUCAUCAAACAGUUGCAACAACAAAGAAAAAGCUCUGCCUCUAAAAAUAAUAUCAAUAUUUGCAAUAUUAGUAACUAGCAUGAUUGGUGUGAGUUUACCCUUGGUGUCACGUUCGAUCCCGUCCUUAAGCCCAGAACGAGAUCUCUUUGUAAUCGUGAAGUGUUUUGCAGCCGGUAUUAUUCUUGGUACUGGGUUCAUGCAUGUACUUCCUGAUUCGUACGACAUGCUAAGGUCGGAUUGUUUGGAGGAGAAACCAUGGCACGAGUUUCCGUUUUCGGGACUAGUGGCCAUGUUCUCUGCUGUGAUCACAAUGAUGGUGGAUUCUUUGGCUACUAGUUAUUAUAGUGGGAAGAGUAAGGGUGGUGUUAUAAUUCCACAUGGUGGUGAUCAAGAGAUGGGUGAUGUUAAUGUUGGUCAUUCACAUGGUGGUCAUCAUCACAUGCAUGGCGAGAUCAAGAUAGAAGAAAGCGCAGCAUCACAACUUCUACGUUAUCGCGUAGUUGCCAUGGUAUUGGAACUUGGAAUCGUUGUUCAUUCAGUGGUGAUAGGACUUUCCAUGGGAGCCUCCAACAACACUUGCUCAUUAAAAGGUCUUGCGGCUGCCCUUUGUUUCCAUCAAAUGUUCGAAGGCAUGGGUCUUGGUGGCUGCAUUCUACAAGCAGAGUACAAGUUUGUAAAAAAGGCCAUCAUGGUAUUCUUCUUCUCGGUUACAACACCACUUGGAAUUGCAUUAGGAAUUGCAAUGUCAUCUAGUUACAAAGAGAACAGUCCAAAAGCACUUAUCACCGUUGGAUUGCUUAAUGGAUCAUCUGCUGGUCUCUUAAUCUACAUGGCUUUGGUUGACUUGCUUGCUGCUGAUUUCAUGAGUAAGAGGAUGCAGGGUAGUAUUAAGCUUCAAUUAAAAUCAUACAUUGCUGUAUUUAUUGGUGCUGGUGGCAUGUCUCUCAUGGCUAAAUGGGCUUGAUAUAUUUUUAUAAGAUGUGUUUUAAUGCUGUAAUGUUAAUUAAGAACCUAUUUACUUUUGAUGUUUUACCUUACAAUGGGAUGUUUGUUUGAUAUUGUGAUGUAAAUUGUAAAACCAACUAUAUAGUUGAUUUUACCACUGUUAUGUUAACAUUUGAAUUGAAUAAAUAAAUGGAAAUUAAUUAAAGUGAUAAUUAGCUCU